CCAAACCCAAACCCAAACCCAAACCCAAACCCAAAACCCAAACCCAAACCCAAACCCAAACCCAAACCCAAACCCAAACCCAAACCCAAACCCAAACCCAAACCCAAACCCAAACCCAAACCCAAACCCAAACCCAAACCCAAACCCAAACCCAAACCCAAACCCAAACCCAAACCCAAACCCAAACCCAAACCCAAACCCAAACCCAAACCCAAACCCAAACCCAAACCCAAACCCAAACCCAAACCCAAACCCAAACCCAAACCCAAACCCAAACCCAAACCCAAACCCAAACCCAAACCCAAACCCAAACCCAAACCCAAACCCAAACCCAAACCCAAACCCAAACCCAAACCCAAACCCAAACCCAAACCCAAACCCAAACCCAAACCCAAACCCAAACCCACGACUAAGGGAUGUGACAACGACAUCCACUAUACAGAUCAUCAUGAAACUGAUACAGUACCUUACUAA